AUGGAUCACGAACACACGUCUCUGAAGCAGAUGUUAACAUCUCUUUUUCAUAUCCUGUCCCUCCUUCUGAUGGCAUCUACCAGUCUCUCUACAAAUCAGGCCGAGUUCUACAAAGGGGAUAGUUUCAGUCUCCUCUUUGAAGGCCAGAAUGCUGUGUUCGUGUGCGACCCAAGUGAGCAGACAAGCGACAAUCUCACCUAUCAAUGGAUCCUCAACAAUACCCACAUCAUUGCCACCGGACAGUCAUUCACUGUCCACAAUGUCCGGGAAAGCGAUAGCGGUCUUUACAAAUGCAUCGUGCGAGGAAAGAUAAUGGACAAGGAGGUGGUGGCUGAACACUCCACAUUUGUAUCCAUCAGGAAGAGUGAGUUUAGGUUGCAGACCGAUAGAGAUACUUAG